GGAGUGGCAAACCAGGUGACCUGAUUGCUGGCUGGGCCCUGCCUAGCCGGCUUCCUGAAGGGGCCUCUGCCCCGGGGAGGGGGGGCGGGGGACCGACCCUGGGACCCAAGGGCUUACAGAUCCCCACAAGCAGUGAUAACAGCAAACUGAGAUGACCUGUCCCUGGACAUCUGAGACACCCACCCAGGGUCACCCCCUAAAAAAGCCCCAAGCCCAGUAUAUACUGACCACUGGCUACCCCGGUGCUUCUCACCGUCAUUAUCUUCUUUUAUCCUCAGGCUGACCCCAGGCAGCCAUCACUCCCAUUUUACAGACAAGAGACGGAGGCUCCAGGAGGCGGAGUGACUGCCCAGGGUCACUCGGUUAGUGAAUGGCCUUGGAACCCAGGUCCACCUGACUCUUAGGACCCUAGGAGAUCUGAGGCCAAACUCCGACAACCACCAGGAGCGGAGACAAUGGCCUCGAAGCCUGAGAAGAGGGUCGCCUCGUCUGUCUUCAUCACGCUGGCACCCCCGCGUCGGGAUGAGGCUGUGGCCGAGGAAGUGAGGCGGGCAGCUUGCGAGGCCCGGCCUGGCCGCUCCCGGGAGCCCCCUGCUCCCACCAAGGCACCCGGGGCUGGCUCGGCAGGGAGGCCCAGCCUUUGGACUCCACCUGCCAAGGCCGCAGCCCCAGGGCCAGCUGUACCGUCUCAGCUCUCCAAUGGAGGGUGUUCUUCCCCUCCUCCUACCCUGGAUGGCGAGGACGCACUCCCGGACCUGGACCUCCUCCCACCUCCGCCGCCGUCCCCUGAUGAGGAGCCCCCUGCCCCGACGGGGGCCUCCCUCAUUUCGGACUUAGAGCAGCUGCACCUGCCCCCACCCCCGCCCCCACCACAGUCCCUGGAAGAGAGGCCUCCGCUCCAGCCUCGGCCCAGUCCCCCCAGGCCCUCGGAAGAGCUGCCGCCUCCCCCAGAAGAGCCUGUUGGCUUCCACGAGAGAGAGGCAUCCACAGACGUCUGUGCCUUCUGCCACAAGACCGUGUCCCCCCGAGAGCUGGCCGUGGAAGCCAUGAAGAGGCAAUACCACGCCCGGUGCUUUACGUGCCGCACCUGUCGCCGCCAGUUGGCCGGGCAGAGCUUCUACCAGAAGGACGGGCGGCCCCUCUGUGAAUCCUGCUACCAGGACACUCUGGAGAAGUGUGGCAAGUGUGGCGAGGUGGUCCGGGAACACAUCAUCAGGGCCCUGGGCCAGGCCUUCCACCCCACCUGCUUCACCUGUGUAACCUGUGCCCGGUGCAUUGGCGACGAGAGCUUUGCCCUGGACAACCAGAAUGAAGUGUACUGCCUGGACGACUUCUAUAGGAAAUUCGCCCCUGUGUGCAGCAUCUGUGAGAACCCCAUCAUCCCUCGAGACGGGAAGGAUGCCUUCAAAAUCGAGUGCAUGGGGAGGAACUUCCAUGAAAAUUGCUACAGGUGCGAGGACUGCAGGACCCUCCUGUCUGUGGAGCCCACAGACCAAGGCUGCUACCCGCUGAACAACCGUCUCUUCUGCAAGCCAUGCCACGUGGAGCGGAGUGCUGCAGGGUGCUGCUGAGGGCCCCCACUGGGCCCUGGGGCCGUGAGCUGCCCACUAGCCCUGGACUGGGGGUGGGGGGGAGGACCUUUCCCGACUCGGUUUGCCUUUCUGACCCACUUUUGCACACUCUCCUUCUGAGCCAUGACAGGGGCCAGCCUGUAGCUCUGCUCACCAUGUCCGGGACGUGAGGGGCUGAGCCACCCCAGCCCCACCCCCCUCCCAGCUCAAAGGCUGGUGGCCAGUGCCCCUCAGACUUCCCACUCCUCCUUCUGCCCUCUGGGCUCUGGAAGGCUUCCAUACCUUGAACAUCAUGGCCAGGUUUCCCAUCUCCUAGGGUCGUGCCCCUCUCGAGCACUGGCCUUGACCCCCAUUUCCAUGGGUGAGUUGGGGUGAGUCUUUAGAUGAUACCCUGUAGCUGUCCAGUAGGGGGCGUAAGACCAGCUCUGGCUUGCAGGACUGAGCUGUUUGAGUAGAACUCCAGGGUCCUCCUUUAACAGCCCUUUUUUUAAAUUUUUGAGAUUUAUAUGAUGAGAAACAUUCUUUGGAUUUGGGGCGAGGUGGGGAUCUUAACAGGAAAUGUUUCAUAAAUGUACAAGAAUGUGACCUAGUGGUGGCAACCGUGGACUUCUCACCGGGGGGACAUGUCACGCUGAUGUGGGCAGCAGACUCAGGCAUGAACCUGAACAGCAGGGGCAGAAGGAGAGGGUGCUGUAUGCUGACGUCCAAGGACGUCAGCAACCCCUCUGCCCUGCCUUCUGGCGCUCCUCCCAUGUGCGACAGUGAUUCAACAGACAUUGAUUAAGUGCCAAUAGUUUGCUGGGGAACAGGGUACCAGGAACUCUGAGUUUUCCCCCUACAGCCUUGAUGGGGGCCGUGCGCACAAACCCCCCCACAUGCACACACUCCUCCAAGGACAGUGCCAAGGUUGUCUGUUCAGCCCCCCUGUUUAUGCCCCGCCCCCAAGUCCCACUUGGACCCUCCAAUGCAGGCUGCCUUAUGACCACUGCUUCCUCAAGGCUGUACCUAGAAGAUUCUCCUUCCCUUUUAAGGAAAAUCACUUUGUUGCUUUGUAACUUUUUUUUUUUUUUUUUAGUGUUUUCAUUUUAUUUUUGAGAGAGAGAGACAGAGUGCUAGUGGGGGGAGGGGCAGAGAGAGAAGGAGACACAGAAUCCGAAGCAGGCUCCAGGCUCUGAGCUGUCAGCAGAGAGCCUGAUGCGGGACUCGAACUCACGGAUGGUGAGAUCAUGACCUGGGCCGAAGUCGGACACCCAACUGACUGAGACACCCAGGCACUCCUGUUGCUUUGUAACUUCUAAGACGUUCUGUAGGGCGUGAACAAAUGAAACAAAGUACUUGCCUCCCUGGGUCGUCUGGAUGCAGCACACGCUCCUCUGCGGAUGCCCUGGGCUCCAAGUACGAGGGCGGGGAGCAGGGUUUCUCUGUAGAGCCCCUUAGGGGCCUCAGAGCAGAGCCCAGCUUCUUACUCAAGGCUUGGGGAGUGAGCCCCACACUCGGGGCCCUCCCAUAUCACCUCCACAAUUUUUGUCCUAACCGAGGCUCUGCUCUUCUCUUUUCCUUAAGAUUUCCUUUGACUCACACCUACUUUUUAAUUUUACUUACUUCAAACUUUAGUCCUGUGCUAUGCAAUAUAUCCCGCAGUCACAUGGUGAUGUGCUAGUUAUGUUUUUUCCUGUUACACGUGAAAAUAAACGCAUACCUAGUAGAA